CAUUUUCCAGGCUUGUAUAUUCAUCUGAUAUAAAUCUUAAAGAAGCUGAAGAAGUAGCUAUGAUGAAAAAAAUACUGGGACCCAAAUUAAUAAAAGAAAAUGAGAAUGCUGCUCUUCAGAACACUCAGAAUACAAAUGUAAAUUGUCUUGGAGAUAACAAAAGAACAACUGCUAAGCAGGAUUCUGUAAGUGGAGCAAAAGAAAUUGCUUGUUUGCCUUGCACUGAAGAAGAAAAUCCCGUAGUUAAUGCAGAAAGCGAGGAAGCUAGAACAGAGUCAAAUAUUUCAAAUCAUCUAUGUGCAGGUAAUUCCAAGCUAGAAACUGCAUCUGAAUUAGGAGAAGACUUAAUGAUGCUCUACAAGAAGUGUUGUUGUCCAGAUAUUACUAUUUGUGUAGAAGGCAAAGAGUUUCAAGCUCACAGGGCCAUUUUAUGUGCCAGAUCUAGUUACUUUGCUGCGAUGUUGAGUGGAAGUUGGGCUGAAAGCUCCCAAGAGCGCAUCACUCUUCAAGGCAUAAACCAUAUAGAAAUGAGUGUCAUCUUGCAUUUUAUAUAUGGAGGUAUUCUGGACUUUCCAGACAAAGUUGAUGCUGGCCACAUAUUGGGUAUUGCAGAUAUGUAUGGGCUAGAUGGACUGAAAGAAGUAGCUAUCUACAUUUUGAAGAGAGAUUACUGCAAUUUUUUCCAAAAGCCUAUUCCUGGAAAACCGCAACCUGUACUUGAAUGCAUGGCUAUUGCUCAUUCAUUGGGAGUGGAAAACCUAUAUGCUGCUUGCAUGAAGUAA